AGUUUUUAAAAUAAAUGUAGAGUUGAAAAAUCUCUUAACACUCAUAUAUAGCGAGCCACUCUGCAAAAAUAGCACAAGCAUGGACAUGAUCAUGAUGCCCUUAGCAAUAGCAGUCCUUGUCUUAUCCAUGGCCGUUUUGAUAAAGAAAGCAGCGAGAAAGAAAGUGCCUUUACCUCCCGGGCCGAAGGGGCUCCCCGUGAUAGGCAGCAUGGGCAUGGUGAGCGAGCUGAACCACCGCGGGCUGGCGGCGCUAGCCAAGGUCCACGGCGGGCUGUUCCACCUGAAAGUGGGAAAAGUGCACAUGGUGGCGGUGUCGACGGCGGAGAUGGCCCGGGAAGUCCUCCAAGCCCAGGACAACGUGUUCUCGAACCGGCCCGCGACUAUCGCCAUAAGCUACUUAACCUACGAUCGGGCCGACAUGGCGUUCGCCCAUUACGGGCCGUUGUGGAGGCAGAUGAGGAAGAUCUGCGUAACCAAAGUCUUCAGCCGAAAGCGGGCCGAAUCAUGGGCCUCGGUUCGCGAAGAAAUCAAUUCCUUGAUGAAAGACGUGGAUUCUCGGGUUGGCGCGGCUGUCAACAUCGGAGAAAUGGUGCUCGGAUUGACCAAGAAUAUAACCUACCGGGCCGCCUUCGGCUCCAUCUCGCAAGAGGGCCAGGGGGAGUUUGUCAAGAUUAUGCAGGAAUUUUCCAAACUUUUUGGAGCUUUUAAUGUUGCGGAUUUCAUCCCGUGCUUGGGAUGGAUCAACGCCCGCGAUUUCAAUCAACGCCUCGCCACAGCUCGUGCCUCGCUCGAUGCCUUUAUUGAUACCAUAAUCGACGAUCAUAUUAAAAAGAGAGAUCACAAGAAUAAUUCCGAUUCCGCAGAGGAUGAUAUGGUGGAUGAGUUGAUGGAGUUUUACUCUGAAAAUGCCCAAAUCAACGACUCAAACUCAUCUAUUACAAUCACUCGAGAUAAUAUCAAGGCUCUCAUCAUGGAUGUGAUGUUUGGUGGGACUGAAACUGUUGCCUCAGCCAUCGAAUGGGCCAUGGCGGAGCUAAUGAAGAGUCCCAAGGAGCUCGAAAAAGUCCAAGAAGAGCUUGCUCAAGUGGUAGGGCUUGAUCGCAACGUGGAGGAGUCGGACCUUGAAAAACUUACAUACCUCCGAUGUGUGAUCAAAGAGACUCUCCGUCUCCAUCCUCCUAUCCCCCUUCUCCUCCACGAGACGGCCACUGAUACGUCCGUCCACGGCUACAGAAUCCCGGCCAAGGCCCGGGUCAUGAUCAACGCGUGGGCGAUUGGGCGGGAUAAGACUACUUGGGUCGAACCCAAUACUUUUAACCCGGCUAGGUUCUUGAAGAGCGACGCCCCUGAUUUUAAGGGGAGUAACUUCGAGUACAUACCAUUCGGGUCGGGUCGGAGGUCAUGCCCCGGGAUGCAAUUAGGGCUUUAUGCAUUGGAGUUGACUGUGGCUCACCUUUGCCAUGCCUUCAAUUGGGAAUUGCCUAAUCAGAUGAAACCUGAUGAUCUCGACAUGAAUGAUCUUUUUGGGCUUACUGCGCCAAGAGCUGUCCAACUUGUAGCAAUCCCAAAUCACCGUCUUCAUGCUUCUCUUAAUUAAUUAAUUAAUUAAGUCGUAAAUUAGUUUGGGUUUUGAAUCGAUAGUGCAAGAAACUUUUAAGAAAUUAAAUGUGUUGCAUGGAUCGAUACUUUGAAUUUUUAAUUUAAAGAUGUGCGAGUUUGUUUU